AUGGACUUAUACGUCGCGCAGCUCCCUGGGCUCUCUGUAGCCACUCACCUAUCAAGAGAGCUUGCACAUGAAAACAACAUGCCAGAUGGUAGGGGUUGGCGCCUAGGUCACAGUAAACACCCCAAGAAGCAACCCAAGGUCUCUUCGCUCAGAUCUGACGGCGAACGUUCCACAGCUACUGAAGACCAAGGUGACAGACCUCGUCAACCUAGCUGGCUAAAGACACUGCACAGCAGUAGACCACAAACCCCGGUGAGUACCCUGACUGCAGGAACUGUAGUCGAAGACAUUGGAGAUGGGCGGGGUGAACGUUUGGAGAUGCUAGCGUUGUAUCGAGACUCUAAGCCAAAGCUCUCGCGAUAUACCUCGCUUUUCUCCUCGUUCAAGGACACUACAAAAACUCCCGAGUUUUCGGAACCAUGGGGUGAAGAGGCACCACGGCCGUUCGAGGCCUACGUUGAUCCACUAGUUGUGACCCAGUCCGUUCGACUGCAUAUCACCAGCUCAUCGUCUCCAAUGCCUAUGGAGCACCACGGUGGCCUGCUUCGCGUAUUCGAGGAUUAUCGAAAGAUUCGGGAUCAGAAGGAGCGCCUAGAGAUCCUGCUAGAAGAAACGCUUCGGGAUUGGUCACAAGCACAGGCAGGUUGGUCGUAUUCGGAAGAUCAAUAUCACGCGGAGAUACGCCGGCUCGAGCUACUUAUAGCCCGCGGUACAAGUGGCAUGACGGGACUUAUGCAAGCGCGCCAGGGAAGUGUUGUGGAUCGUCAGCGGAGGCACAGAAAGACUAGCUCGCAUGACAACUUCGCACGAGACCACAAGCUACUUCCUGAAGAGAAGCUUGACGCAGAAAUCAACCAUUUGAGUGAGAAAGGCAAUCUAACUCAUCUAGUACUUCGUGGCCGACCGAUAUCCCCUUCUGGCAAGAUGGCGGUACUAUCUAAGCGGUUCUCUGACAGUUCGGAAUUACUGGUUGGUACUCCUCCUGACUCAGAGAAGACUACACUUUCACGCCAGGUUCAGAGUGAGCUAGACUUGACUACAGUGCACAAGACUCGGCCGCCGUCGUCUGUCACGGAUUCUGAUGGCUCUGUCUUCUCGGGAGGAUCCGGUGAUGCACUGUCAGACGAGACGUCAAUUCAUCAUCAGACGGAAAUGCAGCCUGCCACCGAGUGUAAUGCCUUCGUCGCUCUCCGUGAACUUGGCACGCUUGUGGCAAGACGACGAGGCUUGCAAGCGGACAGCUUCAAUCACAAACUGAUGACGCUGCUCUCACAGUCAAUGCCGGAAGAACCCUCGGUCGUGUUCGAUGAUGAGGCAGAGGCAGACCCAGUAACUAUGCAAGAUAUGAGGGUAAAUAAGCAGUCUUUGGAACAAGGUGUGACACAGAUGCGCAUUGCAGGGAGGCUCCAUUCACAAGCACAUCUCAGUGCGCAUCAAGGUCAUCAUCGACAGUUCUCUUUCGAGCCGGGAGCAGACGAGCUACAAGCCCUCUUUGAGGAAGCUACGCUAGAUGAUAUCUAUACCCACUACGAAGGACCUGAGGACUCUGUCGCGCAGGUCUCGUCACAUGCCGUACGCUACACACCGGUAACACGGUCAGCAAGGUCCAGACGGUCGACACAGAGCUUAAGCGCAGACUUUGGCAACAUGUCAGAUUACCCGAGCCCGGCGCCGAGCCCGAGUGGUAGUAGUCAAGGAAGCUCGAUAUCAAGUGGAGAAUUAAUGGAGAGCAAGUAUCAAGAGAGCCGUCGUGGGUCACAAUCCAGUGUGCAGACGGCGUUCCGUGAGGACGUGGGGAGUGGAAGGGUUCAGCCAGGGGACUCGAGUAGGCAUAGCUCCCUUGAGAGUUUGCGCACAGGGUCAUGUUUGUCCGUCUCGAGGGAUGACUCGAGUGGCACAGGACUCGACAACGGUUCCCAGGCCGGAGCAACAGCGAGCAUAGGCAAGGCCGGAGAUGAUACAUCACGUGGUGAAAGCAGUGGACCGAAAUCGACGAUGAUGUCGCCACCGCCAGCGCACAAGAGGCAAGGCCCGGGGGAAGGAGAGGAUAAAGGGUCGGUAGACAUGGCAGCAAGUGGAUGA